AUGACUGAAAAUCCAAAGCUGGGAACAAUGUACUCUCAUAAUCUAAGAGCAGAUUGUGAAGCUGGUGAACGUUCUGAUCAUGUCAAUGGUUUGCCAUACACAACCAUUAAAUCUGAUUCCUUUGUGUUAGAUAUCGAACGCUUAGAGAAAGAUAUUAAUGCAAAUUCAAGAAUUAAAUUGCAGAGAAGCCUUCCAAGAAAAGGGACAUUCAGAGGAGUCGAGAAGAAAAAUACAGCCAACAAGAAAGACAUUAGUGUCAUUGCAACUUCGCCGAGAGCUGCUUUACAUGGUGGUGGCACGUCGGAAAAGCCUCUAAUUGUAGCUACUGGCAGCUGCGAUGAUUUCACCAACCCGCCAGUUCACAAUCAGAUCACUAUCAUGGGAAACACUGCCGUCGAAAGCAAAUUUGGUGGCAAAAGAUUCAGAUUCCCACGGUCUUAUUCUCCGUCAUGGACAACUGACCCCAGAAGGAUACUCGUCUUCUUUGCAACUCUGUCAAGCAUAGGGACCAUAUUACUGAUCUAUUGCACCUUACACAUGAGCAAGCACAACAUGGAUUACAAUGCUCUCGAUUGA